AUGGUCCCUUUUGGAUUGAAUAUUUGGCGGUGGUAUGAUGGAUCACCACUGAAUUAUACAAACUGGCGAGAUGGGGAACCUAAUAAGUGUUGUGGUCUCGAUGUUUCUUGCGUUCUUGUUAAUUAUCAUAAAAGUGAUGGUAAAUGGGACGAUGCUGGUUGUAACGAAAUUUGGCGCAACAAUCAGCAUUUUGUUUGCAAGCAAUCUGCAACAUAUAAAUAUGAAUUUUAA